AAGGGUGUACCUUUUCUGGGAGCUUCCUACUAGGGACCCUACCAAUCUAGACUGGGCAGGACUUUUACCAUCUCCUUCGCCGCUUAUUGUUGCAUGGACCAGUCUGCCCUAGGUUCACGGAACUCGUCUAUGGAUCGUGGCACCUUGCAUCGGCGAGGUGCUGGAUGUAGUAGUGGUCUGGACUGUGGCAUCUCUCCAGGGUUAUCGCUAUUAGUCUUUGAGCCCUCGUCCAGGCAUCCCGAUCGAUCCUCAGUAAUGAUGUCGUUUCAGACCGAUACGAUACGAACGUGCUCUGCCCGUAAAACGUGGGUCCAGCAUGGGAGUGGUGACAUGCGGAAGGCCGGAGGGACAAAUUGCACGAUCAAAGUACCGAAUACGUGAGCUGACCGACAAAUAUAGCCUGCAAGCGCUCGACUUGGCCACCCUGCUGCUAGGAAUAUACGCGCUGUACUGAGCAUAUAAAGAACCACUACCACUCU